GUCGCAACAUCAAUCGCUUCACCCCAAAUCGUCCGGGACUCCGUGUUGGCUUUUCAUUCGCUUGUGUGGCACUUGUUCUCCAUCUUUCCCCCGUUCCUUCGCUCUUAAACAGGCACAAUGUCUGACUACGGUGACCACGGUGACGAGGACAACUAUGACUUCGACGCCGGUCAGGACUACGAUGACAAUGAGCCCGAAGACUUCUUGAACCCCGAAGACAUUGAAGGUGUGGAAGGCGCAGAAGCAUACGGAGAGGACCACUACACCCCCGCAGUCAAUGGAGAUCGCGUUGUCGUUUCGGGCGAUCCCAGCGCCGGAUACUCUGGGAAAGUGAUGGAGCAAGUGCGGGAAAGGAAGGUGCCAAACGACCAGCGCACGACAACCCCCUACAUGACCAAGUAUGAGCGGGCGCGUGUUCUGGGCACCAGGGCCUUGCAAAUAAGGUGGGUCAUAGAUCGGUAUUUACUGAACGUUGGGGAUUGUUACUCUGACAUAUUAAUAGUAUGAACGCUCCUGUGCUUGUGGAUCUUGAAGGAGAGACAGAUCCCUUGCAGAUCGCCAUCAAGGAACUGAACCAGAAGAAAAUCCCCCUUAUUGUGAGAAGAUAUCUGCCUGAUGGAUGGUAAGCGGCAUCUUGAUUCCCUAGUUUUACAGAGUCAGGCUGACUGUUGUUUCUCUCAUUUAGGUACGAGGACUGGACAUGCGAA